GACCGGAGUUCGAAAAGACGUCAAGUGAAGCCUUUGGCAACUUCCCUUCUUGAAGCAUUGGAUUAUGAUAGCUCAGAUGACAGUGAUUUUAAAGUUGGAGAUGCUUCAGAUUCCGAUGGCAGUAUGAAUGGGAGUGAUGAUGGGUCAAAAGACAGCGGAGAAGGUUCUGGCAGUGACUCAGAAGAGAGCCUAAAAGAAGACGACAUGACUGCAAUAGGGGGAGAGGAAGUCAAAGAUGCUGGUGGGGAAGAUGAAGGCACAGAAACUCAGGAAAAGCUAAAAGAAGAGGAGCCGACCAAAGAAGAGACCAAGAAAGAGGAGUGCGAGAAGCCUCAGAAUAAAAAGGAAAGAACCAGUGAGGUAGACAUUAGCGCUGAAGACCAAAAUAACGAGCCUAAAAAAUGGAACCUACGCAGACACCGACCAAUGCUGGACUUCAUCACUAUGGAAGAGUUAAAUGCCAUGGAUGAUUAUGACAGCGAGGAUGACAAUGACUGGAGGCCAACCAUGGGUAAGAGAAAAGGAAAGUCCUCUACUGGUGACGGCAGCGACGGGGAAGACGACGACGAGGAUGACGGAAGCGAGGGAGAGUCCAGCCAUCAUGCCGGCAAUAAAGAUGACAGCAGCAGCUCCAGCGAGGACGAGCAGAAGAAGAAGAAAAUCAAGAUUCCCAGUAGAAACAGCGGAGAUGAUGAGGAGCUGACGAACGACAGCUUGACGUUGUCUCAGAGCAAAAGUAAUGAGGAUUCUCUUAUUCUGGAGAAGAGUGACCGGUGGUGUUCUCAGAAGAUGGACCAUGUAUUAAUAUGUUGUGUGUGUCUGGGAGAUAACAGCGAAGAUGCAGAUGAAAUAAUACAGUGUGAUAAUUGUGGCAUAACUGUCCAUGAAGGCUGUUACGGUGUAGAUGGGGAAAGUGACUCCAUUAUGAGUUCGGCCUCGGAGAACUCCACCGAGCCCUGGUUCUGUGAUGCUUGUAAAUGCGGAGUGACCCCCAGCUGUGAGCUCUGUCCAAACCAAGAUGGUAUCUUCAAAGAGACUGAUGCUGGACGGUGGGUUCACAUUGUAUGUGCUCUUUAUGUGCCUGGUGUGGCUUUCGGGGAUAUUGACAAAUUGCGUCCAGUGACACUAACGGAGAUGAACUAUUCCAAGUAUGGUGCCAAGGAAUGCAGCUUUUGUGAAGAUCCGCGAUUUGCCCGCACCGGCGUCUGUAUCAGUUGCGAUGCAGGGAUGUGUCGCUCCUACUUUCAUGUGACUUGUGCCCAGAAGGAAGGCUUGCUUUCUGAAGCCGCCGCCGAAGAGGAUAUCGCGGAUCCAUUUUUUGCUUACUGCAAGCAGCACGCCGACCGCUUUGACAGAAAAUGGAAAAGGAAGAAUUAUUUGGCUUUGCAGUCGUACUGUAAAAUGUCCUUAAAAGAGCGAGAAAAGCAGCUCACUCCAGAAGCCCAGGCUCGCAUAUCCACCAGAUUACAGCAGUACCGUGUAAAGUCAGAGCUUGCCCGCAACACCAGGCCUCAGGCUUGGGUUCCCAGGGAGAAACUGCCCCGGCCACUCACCAGCAGCGCCUCUGCUAUACGGAAACUGAUGCGCAAAGCAGAACUUAUGGGGAUCAGCACAGACAUCUUCCCGGUGGAUAACUCUGACACCAGUUCCAGCGUUGAUGGAAGGAGGAAGCACAAGCAGCCGGCGCUGUCCUCAGACUUUGUAAAUUAUUACCUCGAACGGAACCUGCGCAUGAUGCAGCUUCAGGAGAGUUUGUCUGAGCAGAAGAACAUUAAGAACAAGCUGGAAAAUGAACAGGAAAAACUCCAUAUUGAAUAUAACAAGUUGUGUGAGGCAUUGGAUGACCUACAGAAUGUCAACGGAAAUCUGAGAAACGAAGGCCAAGGUUUAUGGAUUAUGAUGGGCAAAAUAGUUUCACAGAAAGCGAACAUUCCAGCCAUUCUUCGGUCACCGAAGGAAAGAAAACCCAGUAAAAGGGAUGGAGGGACACAGAAGACGUUACCAUUGCCCGCGGUUCUCUACAGUUGUGGAAUAUGCAAGAAGAAUCAUGACCAGCACCUACUGCUCUUGUGUGAUACCUGUAAGCUACAUUACCAUUUGGGCUGCCUGGACCCCCCACUUACCAGAAUGCCUAAGAAGACGAAGAACAGUUACUGGCAAUGCUCUGAGUGUGACCAGGCCGGCAGCAGUGACAUAGAAGCAGAUUUCGCUAUGGAAACUUUACCAAAUGGGACAAAGCGAUCUAGAAGGCAGAUUAAGGAGCCGGUAAAAUUUGUAUCACAAGAUGUAGUACAAGACACUAAGAAGACUCCUCUGAGAAGUGCGAAACACUGCUUUAGAGGAAGACGGAGGAGCGCACACUUUGGUCUUCCUGAAGAUAUAAAGAAAGAGAAAACAAUGGGGAGAAACUACAAGGCAAGCAGAACUCCAACCCGAACUCAGCCAGCCGACCGAACUCAUGUCGAGGACCAGAGGUCAGAAACGCAAGAGAAGUUUCUUGCUUGAAGAAGAGAAGCCUGAGGAACGGACACCAAGAGAGAGGAGGAGGAGGCAGCCGAUGACUUUACUUAAAAAGCCAAAGUCAGAGGAUCUGAGGACAGAGUGUGCUGCAUGUAAGGGGAUCGGCGACAAUGAAAAUCUAGUAAGGUAUUAAAACAAAAGAAAGUCACCUAUGCUUCUUUGGUUAACU